UAUCUCGGCUGGUGCAGAUAGGUCAGGGGACAGACAUGUCAUACCGCAAUGUUCGAGACUUUACAGAAAUGAUGCGCGCGCUCGGGUAUCCCGAGGCUAUCUCACUGGAGGCCUUCCGCUACCCCAACUUUAUUCUGGUGUCGGACGUGCUGGUGUGGCUGGUGCGGAGGUACGACGCGCACGCACAGAUUCCGACAGACAUCGAGACCGAGAGCGACCGCGAGCUGUUUCUCACCGCCGUUGUCUCGUUCAUGUACAAGCAGGCGCGGAUCAAGCUCAACCCGCGCAAGCUGUUGAUGGCCGACGGCUACGCGGUCAAGGAGCUGCUCAAGCUGGCGUCGCUGCUGUACAAGGCGUCCAAGGUGGUGGCCAAGGCCGGUGGCGACGCGCUCGCCGCCAUCACUAGGGCACUCGCCUCGGAGCUCACCAAGCUCUCGGCCGAGCUUUUCGACCUGCUGGAGCGUGAGGAAGCGCUCCGCUCGUCGCGCACAUCGGCCAUCGAGCGCAACCUCGACAUGGACGCGCUCGCCAAGUCCAUCCGCGCCGCCGCCGCUGCCGCCAAGCAAAAGACAGACGCCAUUCUCGAGCGCUUCAAGUCACUCUCAUCCGACGAGGAGCACCUGCGCAAGAAGAUCUCCAAGAAGGAGGAUGAGCUCGCCCGCAAGGGCCAGCGCAUGGACGACCUCAAGGGCCAGCGCCCGGCGUACAUGGACGACUACCAGCUCAAGGACGCCGCGCAGUUUGACGAGGCCGCCAAGUCGCUCGAGGCCCUCCGCACCAAGCUCCACCGCGAGGAAGAAGCCCGCAUACUCGGGGAUGACGCUGAGCUCAGCGACGACCAUCCGACGGGCUCGCCCUCGCACCCUGCCGCUCAAGUACGCGGCUCGUUUGCCGGCGGCGACGACUCGUCGUCGUCCGGCGGCUCAUCUAUCGGCAGCGACGACGAGGACUCUGACUUUUAA